ACAGAAGAAGAAAAUGAAGCCGGUGUAGCUCCUAUAUGGAAAAAUGCUAGAGCUUGAUCAUAAACAUCUUCUAUUUAUUUUCUACUUGGCAUACAAUGUUAUGCCGUCAUAUGUCCGGAUACGAUGUCUCAAGAUUGCAUCUAAUAACGUGAAACAACCAAGAUCUCCAUACCCAUAACAGUGGUUCAGAGGUCUUGGGACACAAUAUCUUCUCUCCCAUCAUGGAUUUGUUAUCUUCAAAUACAUCAACUGGAUCACUUCAAGUUAUAUUCCAGACUCCUAGUGCUGCCGGCCAGACAAACUGUUCCCACCUAAAGAAUGAUGCUUCCUAUCAUUUUGUUCUUAUUCCAAUAUUGUACAUGUGUAUCUCUAUAAUAGGGAUAGUUGGGAACAUGAUCAUUGUAGUGGGCCUGACUUGCCUCCACAAAAAGUCAGUGGCCAAUAUUUACAUUGUGAACCUAGCUAUCGCUGACUUGCUCUUUGUUGCCACAUUACCACUAUGGGCAGUGGAUCUUUUGGGAAGAUACAAAUGGAUCUUUGGUUCUAUGAUGUGCAAAUUCUGUGCGGCAAUGUCAUCAGUCAACAUGUACGCCAGCAUUUUCCUGCUUACUGGCCUUAGUAUAGAUCGCUACUUUGGUAUUGUGCGUCCAAUGAAGUCCCUCAAAAAACGAACUCUUACCAAGGCAAAAAUUUCUACCCUUCUUAUUUGGGGUUCAGCUUUUGUGAUAAGUACCCCUUCAAUAUACUUUCGACAGACAUACUAUUCAUACCAUUCACACCACAUUGUCUGUGGCAUGAGGUACCCACCAAACAGCUUGUUUUGGCCAGUAUUUGUGGGGUCUUUGAAGUGUGUGGUUGGGUUUCUGAUACCUUUUAUUAUACAAGGAAUCUGUUAUUAUAUGAUUUUUAAAAACAUUCUGAAGUCUGCAAAGAGUAAACUGAGGAAAACCAAAAGUGAUAAGAUUCUAACAGUUGUGGUGUCCAUGGUGCUUGCCUUCCUUAUAAGCUGGUUGCCACUGCACAUUGUGAAUAUCUUAAAAUUGUUAGCUCGAUUUGGCAUCAUUACCAAUUGUGGGGUCGCUCACAAUCUAAGUAUAUUAAUACCAUUCACUACAUGCGUUGCCUUUUCCAAUAGCUGUGUUAAUCCUAUCCUUUACUAUUUUGCAAGCAACAGAUUUCGAAGCCAAUUUAUUAAAAGCAUUAAAGGGUCAUUAAAUAGAGCUUAAUGGUUAUAAAGGAUGCUUAUGUCUUCAGAAGGCUUGAACUGAGGGAAUGGUAUCAAUGGUAUUCAGCCUCCAAUUGAACAAUAGUGCUCUUAGCUCCAGCUUAUGGGGCAAACCAUGGCUCCAUGUUUCAAUUUUUCACCAGCAGGUGACAGCGCAAAAAUGUUGGCAUGUAGGAUGGGUUCCAAUAAACAUGUUUCUAGAAGACUUUUGGUAACAAGAGUUAUAUGUGCAGGACAACUUAGCCCCCCACGAUCUCCAGCACGGCGCCCCUGCAGGGAAGGAGCUGUGUCGGCCACUGCAGGAAGCGGACCUCCCUCCAUGUAUCUCUAUGGGAGAGGUGGACAUACAGCGUUCCUGUUUCUCUGCCUCUCUCAGAGAUACAUGCAGGGGGGUAUGUUGUCCCCUGCUUUAUGCGGGGGAUGACAGUCUCCUUGCACGGAGUGAAAAUCUCUCUAUGCAAUAGAGCGGGGCACUGUGUAGGAGAUCGCGGAGAGGCCCAGUGGUCAGACCCCCAUGAUCAGACAUUUAUACCCUAUCCUUCAGAUAGGGGAUAAGGUGUCCUGCACCACUUAACUACUUUAUUUAUUUAUUUUAAAGCAUCACUGCAGUUUUUGGAACCAAAACCAGAAGUGGAUUAUAAGUAGAAGUCCUUCCUUUAUAUAUUUCUUAUUUCUCUUGAUUCCAUGGCCAAAAAAUGACAUUUUUAAAUGGGCACUGUCAGAUCUAAAAACCUGUUAUAUGUUGUUACUGAUGAAAA